UGUCACAAUUCUUGUUCGAUUCGUGUUGAAAUAUUUUUCUUCUGUCCGGGACAAAUAAAAAAGAGCAAAAACUGACUCAACUUGCAGAAGCAUCCGGAACGUAAGUUUUCUAGAUAAAAAGGAUAUACAAGUAUUUAAAAAGAGAGAAAGAGAGAAGCUAGUGACUACGAGUCUUCUCUGACGCAUAUUUUUCUAAAAUUUUGUACAAGAAUCGAAGCUAUUCAAGUACAUAAAUUGUGUUUUCAACGCACACACACACAUAAAUUAUUAAUAAAUAAAAUCAAAUUGAAAAAGCGCAAGUGUUUAUUAUCGUAAAAAAGCUGCGAAGCUCACAUAAUAAACCUAAUCGUGCUUUUUUGUAUCUACUUUAAUUCUGUACAAAGUAUUUAAUAUUUACUUUGGCAAUAUUUUAUUAAAGGGACAUUAUUUUUAUUUAAGAUAAUUUCAAAAAUCUUUGAGGGUUUUGUUUGUUUGUUGCUUGCAAAUUGUCUAUUUUCCUCCAUCUAAAAAAUAGAGGAAAGGAAUUGUACGAAGGUCCUUUGUACGCAAAAGUAGUACAGCAGCAGCAGCAUUUUGAUCGUUCUCAGUAACUGUUCUCAGUGCUCGCAACCGCUAUACGCUACUGUCAUUGUGACCGGUGUGUACGACACAAGUAGCAAGCAAUAAAUUUUAUUUUCGGUCGGUAAGAAUAACUAAAUUGUGCAGUUUUGCAUUCAAUUGCAAAGGUAAAAACCACAUUAUCACCACCUAUCAGCAAAAGAGAGAGCGGAGCGAACGCGGAAGUUCCAAUUCGUUUAAUUUUUUUACGAAAAGUGGUUUUUGUGGCGCAUUUUAGUUUCUUACUUUUGGUUAUUUUCUUUGGAGAAUUUGUAUUGUUGCAAGCAAGCGAAUUAUUUUCGUCUGUGAAGUGUGAAAAUUCGAGAGAGUGAAAUUUUUAAGCUAUAGAUUGAGAGAACCCAUUCAUAGAGAAGACGAGAAAUCGCUUUUGUGGUGCUUCUCGUUGAUAUCGUCAUAUUCACCUACCACAGAAAAGGUAGUGUAAGCUUAAAAAAUCAAUCCAAAUCAAAUUCUCCACUUGUGGCUGAAAAUAAAAUCAAACAAAUUUUUUUGUUGGCCUAUUACCAAAACAACCAACGACAUAAGCAGUAGCCAAGAUACGAAGGCUAAAAAGAGACGCGCAUUUCUGAGCAUUGCAAUUUUACAAAAUCCAAAACAUUUGUAACGUUAAUUUCAAUCUCUUAAACAAAACAAACAAAUUCAAUUCACAAAACUAGGUACUAGGCCAGCCCUCACAAUGUCUGUCCCUGUACGCUACUCUGCUGCCGCCAAUUACGCCGUCGUUGAUAGUGGUUUGUCAAAUACUCUACAACAAGAAGAGCAAUACCACCAACACCAACAGCAACAACAACAUCAACAGCAGUUGUAUUGCCAAUUUGUCGCCGACGCCAACGCCAACGCCAACGCUAACGUCAACAACGUCAAUUUCAGUUUGGGCGAGUGCAAUAACUUCGUGAACGGCAAUAUAAACGGCUUUGACGUGCAGCAGCAGUUGAUGCAGCAGCGGUCAUCGAUGUCGUCGUCGGUUUCGCCAAUAACUGGAUUACCCGCCAACAUCAACAUUAACAAUAACAACAUCAAUCAUCACCAUCAUCAUCAUCAGAUUUCACCUUUAAACAUGGACAAUAUGAAUAUCAAUAAUAUUGAUGUCCUACAAGAGGAGGAAGAGGAUCAUCAGUUGCAUUACCAUCAGCAUCAUUUCGAUAAUCAGUCGGCAUGCGAGCAAUCGGAAUUGCCGUUAAACAGCAUGAUGGGCGGCGAGACAGUGGCGGAAGCUAUGAACUCAACGAUGUUGGCGGCAGCAGUAGCGAAUGGAAGCGGUAUUGCAGCAAUGCAUACUGUGGAUGUAGAUGUGGAUGAGUGGAGGAUGUCUGACGAGGGCCGGUAUGGGACACCGGGUGCUGCUGGCUUGGAAUAUCAAAAGUAUGAGCUAGAACAACAACAACAAACACCUGCUAACAUGAUGAACAACCCAUUGGAGUCUUCGUUAAUGGACAAUGAGAAUAGGAAUAUGAAGAUGAACAACAAUAAUGCCAAUAAAACUGGCAACAACAGCAGCAGUAGCAACACCGAUGCCAAUAUCGCCAAUGAUGCCCCAAAUUCGCCUAAGAAGGAGAAUGAAUUAGUCGGUUUGUCAUCCGAAGAACUGUAUCGUAUGUUGAACGAAUACAAUGUGCUGCAGGAUAAAUACCAUACUGUAUUGCUGAUGCCGAGAGAAUCCAAGCGUGAAGUGACGGCUGGUGGACGUGAUGGCUCCGCGUAUGUUUUACGUUGCCUUAAAAUGUGGUACGAGCUGCCCUCCGAUGUGCUAUUCUCAGCAAUGAGCCUUGUGGAUCGCUUCCUUGAUCGCAUGGCUGUGAAGCCGAAGCAUAUGGCCUGCAUGAGUGUUGCCUCAUUUCACUUGGCUAUUAGACAGCUAGGACUAAAACCAAUACCCGCGGACGAAUUAGUGACUAUUUCACAGUGUGGUUGCACUGCUGGCGAUUUAGAGCGUAUGGCUGGUGUUAUCGCCAAUAAAUUGGGUGUACAAAUGGGCACCACUCCGGUCACUGCCGUUACCAUCCUGCGCGUUUUUUAUGCCCUUUUCCGUAAUUUGGCAAAGGAGGUAUGCGAUGAAUUCUAUGAAUUCUAUCAACGUAUGAUCAAGUUGGAAGACUUAGAAAAUCGUUUGGAGAAUUUGCUAUGCGAUGUCAAGACUACAGUUAUAGCACCAUCAACAUUGGCAUUAAUACUGAUGUGUCUACAUUUGGAUUUCCAUAUUAAGGCGUCCUAUAAACGCGAACGGCCCGAAUUAAAACCCGUAUUCGAGUAUAUACUUUUCCUGCAGCAAUAUUUGCGGAUUCCCGAUCGCGUAUUCAGCUGUGGCUUUUCCAUUGUUGCUGAGAUCCUGUCUCACUACAAUGGUCAAAACAAGCAGCCUUACAAGCAACGCUUGGUUUGGAAAUUGUCCAGCCGCACAUUGAAAGUAUUGCGCCCAACCAAUCGUUUUUCAACCGAUCUACCCACCAUCGAUGAAGGCCAAGUGAAUGUCAUGGAUGAAGGCUGUCGCUCAAGAACUGAAAGCAUUAGCUCCGAGGAGGAGGAGGACUGGCCCACAUCACCCAUUAUACCGAUCUUUGAACAGUGUUAGUACCGUACACACGCAUAAGAGGAUGCGUACAGAACAUCAGAUUUUUGCUUACGAACUCAACAAAUAACUGCAGGAUAUUUUUUCGGUAUAUUCGGAUAGUUUGAGUAGAGGAGUACGCAAAAAAGUUGCGAAAAGCAAGAGAAAAAAUUGUUUCAUAUGGAGACGCAUUGUUGUUGAACGCAUUGCAAUUGAGAGAUUACAGUGAAAUGCAAUACGAAGUUGAAAAGCACGAGAGAGCAGCAACAUGAAACAGUAAAGCAACAACACCAACAACAUAUCCUGCACAUAAAAACAAGAAACAACAGAUAUUUUGCUUUUUGAAAAGAAAAAAUAUUUAUAGUAAACAACAAAAGAAGUAACAGUCAAAUCCGUAAGCGAGGAAUCAACAGUUUUUAAGAAGAACAAAAACUAAACAAAAAAAAAAAACACAAUUUUUUUUAACAAUAACACUCGGCUCCCCACUCUGCGAUGUGUGUAUAUUUUGCUAUGCAUCAUAAUAACGAAAGAAUUCUUAUUUGUUUUAGUAUAUGUAUGUAUAUACGUACGGUAGUAGAAAUGUUUAGAGAGGAAAAACAAAACACAAAAAAUAUAUGGGUUAGAAGGCGCAUAUCUGUGACCACGGCCAGUCAGACAGAUCAGAUAGAACGGUGCGUAUGUAUGUAUAGGGAAGAUGUUUAAUUCUAUUUCAAAACUUAAGGAAAACAACAAAAACACAAACAAAAAAAUUUAAAAACAUAAAUAUGAAAAAAAAAUCAAAAAUCAAAAAAAAACUAAAUAAAUGUUGCGGACCAUCAUACCAAGGAUUGAUGCCGUUCCGAAGCAUUUUUUCAAGGAACCGUAGAAGUGAGUAGUAAAAAUUCUUGGCAGAAUACGAAUUCACAGCAAAACCUACGAACAUAUUUCGUUUUAAACGAAUCAAUUAAGCUAACACCUUGUACAUUUGUUAAGUAUUUAGCUGUGCACGGAACAUAUGCUAAAAGUGUUGCGCAUGCGGGCACAGCUGGAAUACCGACAAAUUGCUGUUGAUGAGAUGAGCACGUGUCGUACGUCAACGGGACACUGCAUUUGGGUUCGCUCACACAAAAAAUAUUCCAAAACAUUUAUAAAGAAAACAUAAAGUUUAUAAAAAAAACCCAAAACAAAAAACUAAUUUACUUAUGAUUAAUAAUUAUGAAACAUUACUACAAUCAAUAUCAAUUAUGUCAUGUCAAGCCGUUUGUUUGUAUUAUUCUUUACUUAUAGUACUUUGUUAAAUUAUUUCUGGUAAAAACAAAUCAACAACAAAACAACUAAUAUGCAAAAGUUUAAAAAAAAUUAAAAAAGAAAAUAGACAAAAACAUAUUCAAUUAGAUUAUAUAAAAUGCAAAACUAAAAAGAAAAUAAAAAAUAUAUAUCACCACUACAAUAAUUAGUAAAUACUGUAAUGUUAUCUUUGUAUACAUUGAAAAUAUCAAAACCAAAAAAAAAAAACAAAAAUUAAAUACGCAAACGAUAUGAUACAAUUAAAAAUAACCGUUUUAUUCCAAAUUUUCUUUAGUUCUAUUUAUCAUAACACCGAAUUUGUAGUAAGAAGUACACACAAAAAAAACAAAAAAUUUAAAAAGUACAAAAAUAUUUUAUUAUUAAUUUCGAAAAACAACUGUACGUUAAUUUACGCAAAAUUCUCAAAAAAAUUGUAAAUUUAAAUUUGUUUAAGACGCGCUAAAUUUUAAGUAUAUAAGCUGAUUUUGAAAACGUGCACCUUGACACUUCUUUGUUAAGUUUAAAACGAAAAAACAAAACGCAACAGUUAAAUCAAAGCGUAAAUUGUGUCUUAAGGGUGUCAAGAUAGUGAAAAAAAUUGUACUGCCUCGUUCUUGUAAACAAAAAUUUAUUACAUCACAUAAUUGACACAAUUCAUGUAAUGAUAACAACAAUUUUGAUGUAAUUGGCAGCAAGCAUUUUGAUAAUUUCGAAGCUACGACGAACUUCAAACCAUCCUCAAGCGAUGCAAAACAAACAGACAAACACACAAAUACAAGUACGGAACUAUAUAAAAAAAAAGUUAUUAAGUUUUUUGGCAAAAUUACAACUGUUUGCCAUUUCAAUGGUAAUGGUUAGCAUUUCGUAAAAUCACUUUCGAUUGAAAUGUGCAAGUGAAUAUGCGAAAUUCAUAAAUACAACAACUCUUUCCGAGUCGAAGUGAAGUGUACCGAAUACACAUUCGCUUCGGCUCAAGCACAAUAUGCCACAAUCUAUGCCUACUCCCUAAACGGCAUAGAAAAAUAUUGUGCAAACCACAAUACACGCUAACGUUAGCGCAUUUUGGCUAACAGCGUUAAGCGUACACAAUGCCAGGCAUUGUAUUUUAGUAGCGCCGCUCAGAGCGUGCGCUCACAGUUACCGAAUCGAGCGAGGAGGCGAGUGAGUUAUACUUGGUCAAAAAAGACUGAAGUUUUCAAAGUGAAAGGCAAACGGCGAAAGCCACAUUUAAUUGCUACAUACAACAUUUUGAGGAAGCACGCAGUUUGUGUGGAUUUCCUUAUUUAUUUUGUUUUUAUUUUCAUGCUCAGACUUGCUUAUGACAUAUACACAUGUUAUCCUCGAAUUAAAUUCAUUGGAGUGAUCUUUUUUUUAUUAUUUUUAAUUUUCAUUAUUUUUGUUUUGUUUACAAACUUUUUUGUAUACAAAGUAUUUUUUAGAAUAUCUUUUUUGUUAAUAAUUUUAUUGCUAAUAUUUAAGUAUGAACAAACAAACAAACAAACAAAACUACUGCAAUCAAGCAGUGCUUAGCAACUUGUAGCAAGUUGUUGUUGGAGUUUUGAAACUCAAUUUUCGCUGAAACACACUUAUUUUACAUUAAGUGUGGAGCAAAAAUUUUCCAAAUUUGAUAUUUGCCAAAAAGCAACAACUAAAUAUGUUUUAAGACAACACUUUCAUUGCAUUUUUGCGUUAUACAAAAACAAAAAGCGAAAUUAACAAAAUGUGAGCAGCUUUCAGCUUGUUUUUUUUCUUAAAUACUUUUAAUUAUUUGUAUUAAAAAAGAUUUUUAAUUUAAGCUAUGUUAAUCAUAAUAUUUUUACUUGAAUGAAAUUAUGAUGCAUACAAUCCAAAAGAAUAUACACUAAAGUGGAAACUAAAAAAGUAUUGCAAAAAACAACAUAACCUAAUUGUUAGUUGUACGGGCGCAGCAACUGUUCUAGAUACUACAUUAAGGCAACAAAACAACAAAUAUACAACUCAUAAUUAGUUAGACCUUAAUAUGCGUGUAAUGCGUGCUCUUGGGCAAGCAACUGUAUUCAAUUUUAAGUUUCUGAAAUGUUUCGAAUGAUUUUAUUUUUAUUUAUUUCUAUUUUUGCAUAGUUUUUAAUUAAUUUCUUUUUGAUUUUUAAAUAGCAGCAGGCUGUAAAAUACAGUAAUUAUAUGCAAAUGUUGCAAGUAGCCUGCGUAAGAGCAUUUUGUAAACAAACAUAACAAUUGGAAAUGUGCAACAAUUUUUUCAACAAUUAAAAAUUGUGUAUGAACGAAAAUAAACAUGUGCGUAGUUGGUAGUUUCGCGAGUCAUUUUUGAUUUCGUUGAAAUAAACUGCCAAAUGCGCAUAACAAAUUAAACUUAAAAACAAAAUAAAUCGAUUUUCAUUCAAAGCAAACUGUUAAGGUGCUAAAAAAUUCAAAUUCCUUCCAGCUAAUAGCGUUGCUGCAGUGACUAAGUGACUAAGUAAUGGUACGCAAAUUGUCUCACAGCAAAGCUGCCAUUUAUAUAAGUGAGCUUUGGAUGCUUUGACGGGGUAUGUACUGUUUGUUUGUCAGAGCGCGUGUUACUUCCUAUUCGUCCGUCUGCUGUAAGCACCACCAAAGUGAGUACAUAUAAUUGCUACCUAAGCCUGCUAAGUAAGUACAGUGCACUGCACCUGACACAAAUAUACACAACACACAAAUAUGUAUAUGUAUAUGUAUACAUUAUGCUGUCGGUUAUUUCACAGGUUGUUCUUUUUUUUACAAACGGCCGUCGAAGUUUCAGUUUUUGUUCUCAAAAAAAAAAAAGCAAGCAACGCAAAUAAGCGCAAGCAAAUAAUUGCAUCAGUAUUGCGACAUUUUUGGUUUUCUCAGCAGUUAAAUAUACUGCAACAUUUUUGCAUCGCAUAUGAUGUAUUGCCAUACUGCCGCAGUGAUUGAGACCCAGACCAACCUUUUAUAUUGAAGUUUCGCAUUAAACAAGUAAACCGACAACAUUGACAAACCGUUCAUCUAGUACAAAAUUUUUCGCUCUACCAAAAAGUUCGUGGCAAUUCCUGUCUUAAAUCCACUCUUUUAAAAGUUACACACAGUUAAAGUUGUACUUUAAGUAUACCGUGCAUUCAUACAAGUGAUUUAUGUAUACAGUUUGCGUUGCUCAUACGACAUGGUGUACUGUGUGCAUGCAGUACAUUUGAUGCAUAACUUUAACAGCGUAUAACUUUUAAAGUAAUGCUUUUAUGAAAAAUGUUAUUAAGGCUUUUUUGUAGCGCGUAAAAUUUCGCAUUAGCAUAACGUAACGGUAAAUUUGUAGGUUUAUUUGUUUUGUGGUUAAAUAUUGGUUGUAAAAAAUUGUAUGUAAAAUACAUGCGAAAAGUAUGGCACGCUUCAAACUUGAAAACUGCAAGACGCGUUUGCUCAACUUGGUAAAUAACGUACAUGCUAAUAUACACAUAUACACAAAUUUUCAGUGGUGUUGGCUUCGACUCACACAUAUAAAAUAUCCUAAUAUCAGAGUUUCCUGCAAAACUGCCAACAUAAUUUCAUGUAAAAAUUGUUAUACAAUUUUUUUCUUAAACGAAAUGUUGCAUUAACUGACU